AAAAAGUGACGACGUUGAUCGCAUCACAUGGAGAUGAGUCUCUCUUUUUUAUUUAUUUAUUCUUCUGUCUCCUUCUAAAACUAAACCUUUCCCCUUUCCUUUUUUUCUCUGACUGAGAAGACAGACACUCUCUUCACUCUUUUUUGCUUAUCAACAAACAAACUCUGCAAAAAAAAACUCUAACCUCUCCUCUGUUCUCUCUCUCUCUCUCUCUUUCAUCAAAGUUCAAAUCUUUGCAUUGUCCGCCAUUUAUUUAUGCUUCUCCCAAUCUUUACUUUUUUUUGCCCCCAAUAAGAAUCUGUGUAUGAAGCUAGGGUUCUUACUCUUUUCCUCUGCCGCUUCUUCUCAAGUUUAAAAACUUGUCUUCAAAAUCGAAUCAAAUGGGUAGAGACUUUCUUGUUCUGAGUAUUCUCAUUCUACUCCUUUCUGGGUUUGUAUCUUCAGCUCCUUCAGCUAAUUCUCCUGCAAAGAUUGUAAGUGGGUUCAUCUCAAAUCAUGGCUCUUCACUAAUGAAAUGGUUAUGGUCACUCAAAACCACCACCAAAACAAAAUCACCGAUUGCGACUAGAUCGAUGGUCAAAUUCGAAAAUGGGUAUUCAGUAGAGACGGUGUUCGAUGGAAGCAAGCUCGGUAUUGAACCGUAUUCGAUUGAAGUCUUACCUAACGGCGAGCUACUUAUUCUGGAUUCUGAGAAUAGUAAUAUCUACAAGAUCUCAUCUUCUCUUUCACUAUAUAGCAGGCCAAGACUGGUUACUGGCUCCCCUGAAGGGUAUCCGGGUCAUGUGGACGGGAGAUUACGUGAUGCGAAGCUGAAUCAUCCUAAGGGGCUUACGGUAGAUGACAGAGGAAACAUAUAUGUGGCUGACACUGUUAAUAAUGCUAUCAGGAAGAUAGGUGAAGGAGGAGUUACAACAAUUGCUGGGGGUAAGUCAGUUCGAAAUGGAGGGCAUGUAGAUGGACCAAGUGAAGAUGCAAAGUUUUCAGACGAUUUUGAUGUUGUUUACGUUGGAAGUAGUUGUUCACUGCUCGUUAUUGACAGAGGAAACAAAGCCAUCAGAGAGAUUCAACUCCAUUUCGACGACUGUGCUUAUCAGUAUGGAAGCGGGUUUCCUCUUGGAAUUGCGGUUCUCGUAGCUGCAGGUUUCUUUGGUUAUAUGCUGGCUCUAUUGCAACGUAGAGUCGGUUCUAUCGUGUCUUCUCAUAACGAUCAAGAAAUGUUCGAAAUGGAUCCUGAUCAAAAGCCUAUGAAACCAUCCAGACCAUCUCUGAUUCCAACCGGAGAUGAGCAACAAGAGAAACAAGAGGAAACCUUUGUGGUUUCAUUGGGAAAACUCGUUUCAAAUGCUUGGGAUUGUGUAAUGGAGAUCCUAAAAAUAAAGCAGACAGGAGGAACCAGUUAUCAGCAAUACCAAGGGACGACGACAAAGCAGUCUGCUGUGUUUAACACAUCAACUCCAUGGCCGAUUCAAGAGAGCUUUGUGAUUCCAGAAGAAGACGAACCUCCUCCCGUUGAGCCAAGGAACCCAACUCCAAGAAAAACUUAUGCUUUUAUGUCCAAAGAUGCAGAGAAAAUGCAGCAGCUGCGUCAGAGCCGUGCAUUUUACAGUAGCUGGGACGCUGAAUUCCCUAAUCAGCAACAGCAGCAGCAAAAGCAGCACCAGAAGCAGCAGCAGCAUCGAAGGCAUUACUCGUCGAUCCCACACACUUAUUAUGAGCAGGACAGUGAGAAAACUAAUGAAGUAGUCUUUGGAGCAGUUCAAGAACAGAGCAGCAAGCGGGUGGCUAAGCCUAAGCCUAAGCCUAAGGCUAUAGAGUCUGGUGAUCAGAUGAAUAAUAAUACUCAACAGAAUCUUCACUACAGAGCUCAUUCUGUUAAUUACCCUUAUGGAUACUAUCCAUAUACAUGAAAAGUCUCAGGUUUUGAGAGUUUCUCUGGGAAAACCAGUCUUCCUUGAUAAGAUUAUGCUGGGAAUUUAGAAGUUUUUUGGGGUAUAGGUGGGAUUUUGAGAUUUCAUUGCGAGGGAAUGAGAAAUUUUAAAGAUUAUGCUCUGUCUUGUAAGAAAAGUCUCAUACUUUGAUUGUAUUGGGGGAAUAUAUUAUAUAUAUAUGAAGAAAAGAUAAGAUUAUCUUUUUGAUA